UUUGCUAGGAACGGCAAGGCAAAAUUAUGGAAAUCAGUUGAGAAAUUAAACCUUCCUAGAGAUCAACUAAUUGCAAAAGUCCCUGCUGGUGUUCCUAAAGAUCAAUGGUCAUCAUUUGUAGACUAUCAUUUGAAACCAAGUUAUAAGGAGGAAGAGACCGGACACACUGUGAGUCGAGGCGAGCUAUACAUUGCAACUCAUAAGAAAAAAGAUGGGUCGUAUGCGAAUGAUGAGGCAAAAACUUUAGUGGAUCAGAUAUAUGAAGAAUUAAACCAAAGCACUAAUUCUACUGAAAUUUCAACAAAUGAUGCCGUUGCAAAAGUUUUUGGCCCAGAGCACUCUGGUCGUGUACGUGGUUUAGGCCUAGGUGGUCUUCCUAGCAUUGCAUUUGGACCCACAAGUGGACGAUUCAAUCCUAUAGGCUCUACUUUCUCAAGUGCGAAUUCAGCUGAAAGUUCUCAAUUAAAAGAAGAGGUUAUUUCAUUGAAAACUAAGUUAGCAGCAUCUGAGGAGAGCCUUAAGACAUUACAGACUGUAAUGCUUGCAUAUAUACGAAUGAAGGAAGGACAGAUUCCUCCAGAAUUGGAUGCUUUGUUUGGUACCACUUCUACUCCAAUGGAUGAAGGGAGUGAAGAAGCUAUCCCAACACGCGGAAGGUCUUCAUUAGAUAGUAAUCACCCUUGA